AUGGCUUCGCUCUUCAACAAGGCCACGGAAGCGGCCAAGAAGGCUCAAAGCACAGUGGUCAACGGUGCACACCUGGACAAUGUCACGAACAAACUCGGUCUGGGAAGCAUUGCCAACGCGGUCAACGGCAUGGUGAAUGGCAAGAAUCCCAAUCUGGAGCACCGAUACAAUAGCUCGGCACCAAUAUCGCAGGGAAACAGUGUCAAGUACCAUGUCGACGGGUGCGCUUACUUCUGGGCCGUGUCUGAGGCGUUGGAGAAGGCGAAGGAAUCUGUCUGGAUUCUUGGAUGGUGGGUUUCUCCAGAAGUCUACCUGAGACGACCACCUUCUGAGAACGAAAAGUAUCGGCUUGAUCGGAUGCUUCUUGCUGCCGCGGAGCGAGGAGUCAAAGUGAACAUCAUUGUCUUCAAAGAGGUCCCUCAAUUCAUGUAUCUCUCAUCACACCAUACGAAGAGAGCUUUGGAAGCUCUGCACCCUAACAUUGCCGUCUUCAGAUACCCGGAUCACUACACUGGCGCCAAAGGAGUUCUGUCGUCUACCAAGAGUCUGCUCCAAAGCACGUUGGCAGGCGGUGCCGCAACUCUGGGCAAAAUAUCCGACGAGUCACUACAGAACCUGUUCGCGUUAGCUGGCGGACCGACUUUACUCUGGGCACACCACGAGAAACUGAUCAUUUGCGACAGAGAGACCGUCUUUAUGGGAGGUAUCGACCUGUCCUAUGGCCGGUGGGACACGAUCCAGCAUCCUAUCGCGGACGCUCAUCCCGGCGAUCUCGACGAUAUUGUCUUCCCGGGCCAGGACUACAAUAAUGCUCGGGUAAUGGAUUUCAAAAACCUGGAUAACUGGGAACACAACAAACUCAGUCGACUUACCACCUCUAGGAUGGGAUGGCAGGACAUAUCGAUCAGUCUGGCUGGACCGGCAGUGGUAGACCUGUGCAGACACUUCAUCGAGCGCUGGAACUUCAUCCACAGCAUGAAAUACAACACCGGCCUGCCGCAGGAUUCGAGAUAUGAACGUAUACCUCCGUUAGACAGCUCUUCAACUAAGAGCCAGUCGCAGCACGGUCCAGGUCAAGUGUCAUGCCAACUUAUCCGCAGCGUGAGCAGCUGGAGCGGUGGCCCGACGCCCGAGCACAGCGUUUACGAUGCGUACAUUGACAUCAUCGAGAAGAGCGAGCAUUUCGUGUACAUUGAGCAGCAGUUCUUCAUCACUGCCACGGGAACAUGGCUGGGAACGGUAUGGAAUCGGGUGGGCGAGGCAAUCGUCCAGCGCAUCUUGCGAGCUGCCCAAGAGAAAAAACGGUACAAGGUCAUCGUCAUACUGCCUUCUGUACCUGCGUUUCCGGGAGACCUGCAAGCUCUGAUAACCGGCCACCCACCGCGUGCGAUCAUGAAGCUGCAGUACAAGUCGAUAUCUCGUGGCGGAUUCAGCAUCAUGGACAAAUUGAAGCGCGCCGGCGUCGAACCGAAAGAAUAUAUCAGGUUCUUCAAUCUUCGAACAUACGACCGGAUCAACGAAAGCGCAAUAAUGCAAAAGGUCGAAAAGGACAGUGGUGUCGAGUACAAGCUUGCCAGCGAAGAGCAUGAUGACAUCGUCGAUCCGUUCGGCCUCCAGGCGCAGAAAGAAGUCGGCGAGUUCGAGGGUGACGAAGUUACCCCCAACCACCAAGCAUACCAGAAGUAUCAGACCGCCGCGGGUCCGCGGCACACGAGCUGGGACAGCGUGAGUUCAUGCUACAUGCUGGGAGGCACGGACAUUCGAAAAGUACCGUGGGCAAGUGGCGGGACCAUCAAGGAGAUUGAUGCGUUUGUCACGGAAGAGUUGUAUGUGCAUUCGAAGGUACUGAUCGCCGAUGACAAAGUCGUGCUCUGCGGGUCGGCGAACCUGAACGACAGGUCAUUGAAGGGCAGUCGCGACUCGGAGAUCGCAUUGGUGAUCGAAGACCCAACACCCCUCGAGACGACGAUGAACGGCCAGAAGUUCCAGGCGAGUCGGUUCGCAACGAGUUUGCGUCGGUACUUAUUCCGCAAGCACUUGGGUCUGCUGGCCCCUCAAGAUAUGAGAAGUCCAGAUGGUCACUUCACGCCGGCGCCAGGAGACAACGGGUAUGAUUUUGGGUCGAAGGAGGACGGUGUCGUCGCUGAUCCUCUGAGUGAUGGGUUCUUGAAGCACUGGGACGACGUAGCUGCUCAGAACACAUCUGCAUUUCGGAAAGUAUUUGCCCCCAUGCCGGACGACACGGCGCAGACCUGGAUCCAGUACCAGAUGUUGUUCUGGAAGAGAUUCAAGGGACCAGACGGAUUGCAUAUGGCGCAAUGGGGACAUGUGGCCAAGGAUAACUUCCCGGGAGGUGAGGAGGGAGUGGCGGCGGUCAAGGAAGAGUUAGCUAAGAUAAGAGGCAUGUUGGUCGAGAUGCCUCUGGAGUUCCUGGCCAAGACGGACAUUCAAAUUGAGGAUCCUGGAUAUAAUAUCAUUACGAGGCAGGGGUAUGUGUGA